UCAAACUUUUUUAAAACCCCUUAAAUUCCAAAAGAACACGCUUUGUUUUAAAAACCAUCCCUCCACAACCAAAACAUUCUCAUCAUCAAAUACCAAAAAAAAAAACUUCAUCAAUCAUAUGUUUUAAAUCUUAUGUCCUAAACCUUACUAUUCCUUCGGAUCACCGGGACACUAAAAGUGACGGAACUACUCUUUUGGUGAGGUAACUACUAACAUGGAAAUGAUGAAUUGGGAACAGAGGAAUUUGCUAAACGAGCUUAUUCAUGGACUAAGAGCUGCAAAGCAACUCCAGGCUUCCCCGGCGCCAUCGUCAUCCUCUUCUUCUUCAUGUUUGACGUACGAGAUGAAGGAGACUCUCUUACAAAAGGUAGUUUCUUCCUACGAGAACGCUAUUAUGAUGCUGAACGGAUCACACAAUCCAACUACCGAGAGGGUGGUGGGUCCGGUAGUUAACUCCGGUAAGGUUCCGGAAUCUCCAGCGUCGAUUAACGAAAGUCCGAAAGGCGAAGAGUUCUUCGAUGUGGGAUGCAAAGAUUACAGUUGCAAAAAGAGGAAGAUGUUGCCAAAGUGGACAGAGCAAGUGAGGAUUAGUCCAGAGAGAGGCUUAGAAGGACCUCAUGAUGAUGUUUAUAGCUGGAGAAAAUAUGGCCAAAAAGAUAUUUUGGGCGCCAAAUAUCCAAGGAGUUAUUACAGAUGCACAUUUCGUAACACACAGUGCUGUUGGGCUACAAAACAAGUCCAAAGAUCGGACGGUGAUCCAACGAUCUUCGAAGUAACAUACAGAGGAACACACACUUGCUCACAACAGGGGAACCCACCUCCACAUAAACGAGCCGAAACCAAACCAAACCAAAACCACAUAGAAGAAGUCGUAAAUUACCAAAACAACCUCCUCGACAAUCUCAGGACCAAUCUCACCGUACGUACCGACGGACUCGAAGGCCACGGUUUCUCGUUCCCCUUUACGCCGCCGCCGUUUUACUCUUACGACUCCAUCCACGGCGGUGGAGCAACGUUUUGCCACGUCGGUAGCUCUGGUCCGUCGGAUUUCACCGGACUGAUCUCCACUAAUACCUCCACAGGAAGUUCUCCAAUCUUCGACGUUGAUUUUCAUUUUGAUCCAACGGCUGAGAUUGACACCACAGGCUUCCCCACGUUUUUACACGAUUCGAUUUAAUUACUUUAUUAUUACUUUCAUUAGGUAUUUGAUUAUCAUUAUUCUUGAGAUUAACUAUUUAUUUAUAUAGUGAGUAACCAAAGAAAAUAAAACUAGUUUCACACCUUAAUUGAAAUCUUAAAAAGCAGAGUUGUUUUUGCAUAAUAGAGACUAGAGAGAUGUUCAAUGUGAGCAAACUUGAACAUUCUCAUUUUUUUUCUU